AUGAUUGAUCUUAUAGUGAGGGAUGACUCCACAGAUAGUUGUCAAGCUUCCAAUGACUAUAAUGGACAUGCAGGUCUUCGAAUUUUGGCAGUAUUCAUCAUACUGAUAUCGUCAGGAUUGGGAGUUUACUUCCCAAUUUUGUCAUCACGCUAUUCGUUCAUAAGGCUACCAAAUUGGUGUUUUUUUAUAGCGAAGUUCUUCGGUUCUGGUGUUAUUGUAGCAACGGCCUUUGUUCAUCUUUUACAACCCGCAGCUGAAGCUCUGGGGGAUGAAUGUCUUGGUGGUACGUUUGCUGAAUAUCCGUGGGCUUUCGGAAUCUGCUUAAUGUCACUUUUCCUGCUUUUUUUCACUGAGAUCAUUACGCAUUAUUAUGUAGCGAAAACACUGGGCCAUGAUCAUGGUGACCAUGGGGAAAAUACUAGUAUCGAUGUGGAUGUUCCAAGUUCCGACCUUGCCGUAAGCAAUAUUGACUCGCAACCUGCAUCUUUCAACAAUGAAGCCGUUUACUUCAUUCAUAACAACAAGACCCCCUAUACUACCAGAAAUGAAGAGAUUGGUGCGACUCCUAUAAAGGAGAAAGAACCCAGCUCAAAUAUCACUAAUUAUGAUCUUGAAGCCGGAAAUACAGAAUCAAUUGCUAAUGAACUAUUUCCAAUGAGCUCUCAUGCAACAAAUAUCCCUUCUGUACCUGGAAAAGACCACUUUUCUCACGAAAAUGAUCAUCAAGAUGCUUCCCAGUUAGGUACACGAAUCGAGGAGGAAGAUAAAGAGCAAUAUUUAAAUCAGAUGCUUGCUGUAUUUAUUCUAGAGUUUGGUAUCAUUUUCCAUUCUGUAUUCGUGGGUCUUUCGCUGUCUGUUGCCGGCGAAGAGUUUGAAACUUUGUUCAUUGUUUUGACUUUCCACCAAAUGUUUGAAGGGUUAGGUCUUGGUACAAGGGUUGCAGAAACGAAUUGGCCGGAAAGCAAAAGAUAUACGCCUUGGUUGAUGGGGUUGGCCUUCACACUGACGUCCCCCAUAGCAGUCGCAGUAGGUAUUGGUGUGAGACACUCUUGGAUUCCCGGUUCCAGAAAAGCAUUAAUUGCUAAUGGUGUUUUCGACUCGAUAUCAUCAGGUAUCCUAAUUUAUACUGGGCUGGUGGAGUUAAUGGCUCAUGAAUUCUUAUAUUCAAAUCAAUUCAAAGGUCCCGGUGGUCUCAAGAAGAUGCUUAGCGCUUAUUUCAUCAUGUGUUGCGGAGCUGCUUUAAUGGCUCUACUGGGGAAAUGGGCAUAA